ACCAAGAUGGGGCGGAGCGGGAGUUGCGCAGCGAUUGCGCUGCCGCGCGGGCGGAGGGACUGACGGACGGACGAUGAUCAGCCGGGUGAAGGCAGCGGUCGCCCAGCUGGUCGGGGGCACGGCUUCCAGCUUCAGCCCCGGGAGCUGCCCGGAGUCCAGCCUCAAAUCCAAGUACUCCCGCCCGGCUUUCCUGUUUCUGAGUCCGGAGGAGAGUGAGCGAGCGGCGGAUCACAGCAGCAGACCCAUCCUGGUCCCCGGGCAGGACAGGAGGAAGAGGAGGAAGCUGCUGCCCUGGGAUACAGGAUACGCCGAAGUAAUUAACGCAGGAAAAAGUGUCCUCAACGAAGACCAAGCUGCUCGAGAAACAGUUUGCGUGGAGAAGGGCGAUCGGAAGAACAGCACUGAAGCCAAGACAGUCAAAUGUGAUGGGAGGGCGCACAAGGAAAGGGACGGACUUCAGUUCCAUUACUGGGCACUGUUUGAUGGCCACGCGGGGACAGAUGCAGCUGUAAUGGCGGCCAAGCUCCUUCACCUUCACAUCUGCGAGCAGCUGCGAGGCAUUGUCGACAUCCUGCGAGAUGGUGAUGUCCCACCUCCCAUCUGCCUCACCAGCAACGACGGGGCGGCGAUGGGAACCGGUGCAAAGAGCCCCCAACAUCAGGGGGACUGGGAACCCCCCACAGAUAGUGAGUCACGAUUCCUGCUGGAGAAGGAAAUCUCACACGAGUAUCUAGUUAUCGGUGCAAUAGAGAAUGCCUUUCGACAGAUGGAUCAGCAGAUUGAAAGGGAGCAGAGCUCGCGUGGAAUGCUGGGUGGCUGUUGUGCAUUGGCAGUUGUGUACUUGCUGGAAAAAAUCUACAUUGCAAAUGCGGGUGACAGCAGGGCCAUUUUAAUCCGUAACGGGGAAGCUAUCCCCCUGUCCAGUGAGUUCACUCCUGAAUCGGAGCGGCAGAGACUGCAAUAUUUAGGAUAUUUACAGCCGCAUCUCCUUGGAAACGAGUUCACACAUUUGGAAUUUCCCAGGAGAAUCCAGCAUCGGGAAAUUGGACGUAAAAUGUUGUUUCGGGAUUACAGCAUGACUGGCUGGGCCUACAAGACUAUAGAGGAGGAUGAUCUGAAGUUCCCGUUGGUGUAUGGUGAAGGGAAAAAGGCUCGUGUCAUGGCAACCAUUGGGGUUACUCGUGGGCUGGGAGAUCACAACCUGAAGGUGCACUGUUCCGAUAUCCAUAUCAAACCUUUCCUGUCUUGCGUACCAGAGGUGAAAGUGUAUGAUGUUACAAAGCAUGAACAUGGAGUGAAUGAUGUGAUAGUGCUGGGGACAGAUGGACUGUGGGAUGUAGUCUCGGACCGAGAGGUAGCAGACGCGGUCAUCGGCGUUCUCUCCGACUGCGAGCCUGACGAUCCGAACAGGUUCACACUGGCUGCUCAGGACCUGGUGAUGAAAUCCCGUGGCAUAUUGAGGGAACACGGGUGGUGGAAGUCCGACGACAGGCUGGGUUCAGGCGACGAUAUCUCUGUCUUUGUUAUCCCUCUGUACGGCCAUACGUGAGCUGCUGUUGGACAGCGUCUUUCUGGAACUCUGUCAAGACUGACAAUGGAGCUGUCUGCUUCUAAAUACCCACCCAAUCCCUGUGGCGGAUUCUAUUUUCUUUUUUUUUUUGCUCCUUUUUAAUAAGCUUCCCCUAUCCUCUCAAAAUAUAAUCCUUCCCAGCAGAGGCAUUGACUGAACAAGAAGAACUUGCAUUUAUAUAGCACCUUUCACAACCUCAGGACGGGAUGUUUCAAAGCUCUUUACAGCCAAGGAAGUGCAUUUGAAAGGUAGACAUUGCUGUGAUGUAGGAAAGAUGGCAGCCACUUUGUGCACAGCAAGCUCCCACAAACAGCAAUGCUAUAAAUAACCGGAUUUAUUGUUUUUUAGCGAUGUUGGUUGAGGGAUGAAUUUUAGUCCCGGUUCUUCAAAGUAGUGUUAUGGGAGACAUCCAUCUGAUGGGACAGACAGGGUCUCAGUUUAACACUUCAUCCAAUAGGCAGCACCUAUAACAUUGCAGCACUCCCUCAGUACUCAAGUCUCUGGAGUGGGUCUCGAACUGUCAGUGAAUGUGCUACCCACUAAACCACAGCUGGCAUAUUUGAGGGUACUUGUGCCUGUAGGUCCUGUAGAGGAAUCCUGUUUGUAGGAUGUUUUGCACCCAAUAGCCAAAAUCGUAUCCAGGCAAGGCUCCUGAUCCGAGUACGAUACCUUUUUGGAUGAUCAUCCUGUCCCUGAGUGAGAGCUGAGAUUUCAAACUGUCCUCCUGUACCUAUCUUUUUAUUUUUAACCUCUGGUUUCCAGCCUUUGAGAGAGAGAGAGAUGUUUAUGAAAUAAAAAUUUAAUAUGUUCUAUAAACUUGAAAUAAAAACAGAAAAUGUUGGAGACAGACAACAGGCCCACUUGGUGUUGCCAACCCUCCAGAAUUGCCCUGGAGCAAGCCAGUAUUAAGGAUUAAGCUCCUGGGGCAGCAUUGUAAACAUAACCCUGGUAGAAAAAUCAUAGCGGGCAAUAACAUAUUUUCUAUUUCUUUCAACACUUUAAUAAGCUAUCAAAAUAUUGAAUGGAGGGAAAAGGCUGUUGGACAGACAGCGUAGUUGGAGACAGCAGAUAUGGGAUAUAUCCCCCAGGAAGAUCUCAACCAGAAAUGAAAAGUCCAGUCUGGCUCUUCUUGGAAACUGUAGCUCUGUUGCUCUCUCUGCAGGUGCUGCCAAACCUGUCGAGUGUUUCCAGCACUUCCUGUUCUGAUUUUCAGCUUCUGAAGUAUUUUGCUUUUAUACUUCGAACCAGAACUAGGAACCCCAUGGUCCCCAUUUUUUUUUUUAAAACCGUUGACCACUUUAAUGCUUACACCUCACAAGCUAACUAUCGGUGAAGUUAAUUCUAGUACUUUUAACCAGUUGAACCCUCUGCCUUAGGGCAGCAUCUAACUGUUAAGUAAUUAUUCGAGUGUCUUCACCCCACCUCAAGUUCCAAUGCUGUUCAUUCUGUGUGUGUGUGUGUGAAAGUGUAAAUCCUUAAUUAGAACUGGGAACGAACAACUCUCUGGAUGAAACCACUUUGUAUGCUGGCCACAUGCAUUACUAACAUUUGUUCUUAUAUGAGAAAUAAUGAACCUUUAGAAGAUCUUGGCAGACUGAAGUAGGUCGGGCAUCAGUUGUGCGGAACCCUGUACGCCAUCCAAGGGAACGACAGUCCCCUCUAUGUAUUUUUGGAUCUCUUUCCAAUGCUGAGUUUGUUGUUUUGGUUCAUGACAUUAGUUUUCCAUCUGUGAGCAGAUGAACAAUUGUGAAUAAUAUCUAUAAUCAUAAAGUUAUGAAUAAGAAUAAUGAGCCACAA